CUACUAGCCUUUUCGACAACACCCCCCUCCCCUUCAUAAACACACGCGCGUGUGUGCGCGCAGAUUCCAGACUUAAUCAGCCGUGCGGCAGCGACAGCGACGACCUCACCAGCACCACCGAAUAAUAACGGAUAACCAUGGGUUCCAAUCCACCACCACCCAAAGAUCAGGAUGAGGCCUCGUCUCCGCCCGAGGAACUCGAUUACUAUGCCAUCCUUAAUCUUCCGCGCUCUCCACCCCCCACGGAAGCUCAGAUUCGGUCCGCGUAUCGAACCCUCACGCUAAGUUUUCAUCCGGAUAAGCAGCCGGCGGAGUUGGCGGACUCUGCGCGACGACAUUUCGAUCGUAUUCAGGAGGCAUAUGAUACGUUGGUGGAUCCGAAGAAGAGGGCUGUGUAUGAUGAAUUGGGUGUGCAGGGGAUGAAACAAGAAUGGGUGAUUCUUGACAGGAUCGCCAAGGAUAUGAGGGUCGGGGUGAGGGCUAUGUCUGGGGAGGAGUUUCGAGGGUGGUUUUUGGAAGUGAUGAAAAGGAGGGAGAGGGCUGUGGUGGAGAGAAUGGUUGGGUCGAGGGGCUCUAUCACUAUUGGGUUCGAUGCCUCUAAUGCCGUGUCCUACGAUGAGGAGGAGGACGCCUUAUAUAUUGAGAUGCCGUCGCCGAGGCCCUCGAACUAUGCACUGGGGUUCUCUUUCAAGGCGCCACUGCCGCGAAUGGGCUUUUUCCUGGGAAGUGAAGGCGAGGAUGAGAAUGAGAGUGAAAAUGAUGAGGGCCAUGAAACGAGAAAACUGUUCAAGGAGUACGGUGAGGAAACGGAGUUGACAUUUAACGCGGGCAUCUCGGGGGAGGUAGAGCAGAUGCACCAGGAAGCCAACUUCAAAUUCCCGGAUGGCAGGAACGAAACUCACCUUCUGCCGCUGCCGUAUUUCUUGAUCGCGAACCAGAUUAAUCUGGGAGUCGGGGCAAGCCAACUUUUUGGGGGACCUUACAGUGUUAAGGGCCUCGCAAAACCCCCGUUUGCGUUCAUGCAGAACUCCGUCGUGAGUGUGAACGCUUCAGUGUUGCCACACCCAUCGCUUGAGACAACCUGGACGAAGUCCUUCGUCCCUAUCCCUGGCGCGAAACCCAUCAGUGUGCAAGUCGAUGUUGAUUUUGAUCGGUCGCCGCAACGGGCGCCCCCUCGUUUUGCUUUGAAGGUUACCAGGCAGAUUGGUGAUAGGAGGUUCUUGGUAAGUAGCUGGUCAAGCGGCUCCUUACUCUGGCCGAAACCUUUCCGCCACUUCUUUUUACCCCUCAUAGAGUUCGGAUUGAACGCCGAGACUGCAAUGUCCGUUCCUACCCAUCCCAGCUUCUUCCAAAUCGGCGUCGUCUCUCAGCCCAAGCGGCAGAUCUCCCCAGCGGAUGCCGAGGAAGAGGUGGAAGGUGACGAGGAGGAUGACGAGUUUGAAAUGCUUCGCCGCCAGCAGCGCAAGGAAACUGGAGCUGCCGAAGCUUGGCAGACGAAUGUGACAGCUACUCCGAUGCAAACUACCUUGUCAUUCGUUUAUUCGCGCAAUGUUUUCUCAGGGAAAUCGGCCUACGAGCGUUUACGCUCGGAAUGGAGCUCCGAAGGCCACCACCCUUUGCCGGAGGACAAUGAGCCGCGAUCUGUACGGGUUAAUGUCGAAACUACCGUGGGGCUUGAUUUGGCGCUUGGAUGGCAUAUUGAGGGAACCCGCCAGGUUGGCGAUUUCACUCGCAUGGGUCUUGGUGUUGGUGUUCGGAAUAUGCAGGGCCUCGUCGUGACUGUGUCCUGGAGCAGGCUAGGCCAGAAGAUCAGGGUGCCCAUAUCUGUUAUCCCAUUUGGCCUUGUCGAUGUGGAUGUAGCUGCAAUGGCUAUCAUCUGCCCGUGGCUAGCGUACUGCGCGCUCGAAUUUGGGUUUAUCCGCCCAAGGGAGAGGAAGAGACAUCGCCGGGCGAUUGCCCGACGACAGAAGCAGCUGAGAAGGCUGGUGCCCAAGAAGCGGGCUGAGAGCCAAGAAGCCAUCGAUAUUAUGACCGAGCAAGUACAGCGCCGACAGGCGAAAGAGGCUAAGCAGGGUGGUUUGGUCAUCGUUCGGGCUGAGUACGGUUACUAUCCUUCGAAGAAGGACAGGGAAAGUGGCCGAGGAUUGGAAGUCACUGAUGUUUCCAUCCCGGUGGCUGCAUUGGUUGACCACGGACAAUUGGCCAUCCCUAAGGAAAUGGCCAAGUCCCAUAUCCUCGGAUUUCACGACCCGGCUCCGCUUCUGCCUAAGAUGCUCAAGAUAUGGUACAAUUACCAUGGACAGGAGCAUUACGUUGAAGCAAAGGAAACAGAAGACAUUUCUUGUCCUAUGCGUUCGCAUCUAUUGUAGCUGGGCAUAUCUAUGUCUCCCUACUUUUCUUGAUUUAUAUACAUGCUGCACUACUAGCUUUUUGGCAUCUCUCUCCAUUCAUGUUUGCAUAAGG